AUGGCGGAGUACGAAGCAUGCGCCCUAGGGAUCCGAGCAACAAUCAACUUUAGGGUCAAGUUGCUCAAAGUGUACAGAGAUUUGGCAUUGGUAAUCCAUCAGUUGAAAGGUGAAUGGGAGACCAGAGACCAGAAGUUGAUACCUUAUCAAGCUUACAUCAAGGAAUUGAUGGAACUCUUUGAUGAUAUAUCAUUUCACCAUAUUCCUAGAGAGGAAAACCAAGUGGCUGAUGCUCUUGCCACUAUGUCGUCCAUGUUCAAAAUAGGCUUUCACAGAGACUUGUCGUGCAUAGACAUCAAAUGCCACAUUAAGCCUGCACAUUGUUGUUUGAUAGAAGAAGAAGAGGAUGGUAAGCCUUGGAAUUUCUAUAUCAAACGAUACAUCAAGGACAAUGAAUACCUGCCCGAGGCCUCUGACAAUGACAAGAGGACAUUACAGAGGUUGGCAGCCAGUUUCCUCCUGAGUGGGGAUGUCCUAUAUAAAAGAAACCAUGAUAUGGUACUGCUUCGGUGUGUGAAUGCAAAUAAGGCUGAGCAGAUACUAUUGGAGGUGCAUGAAGGAUCCUUUGGCACUCAUGCCAAUGGGCAUGCCAUGGACCGAAAGAUUCUGAGAGUCGGGUAUUACUAG